GCGCUGCGGCCGGGGAUUUAGUUUCCUCUUUAGUCUUUCCUCCUCUCAGACACGCCCACCAUUCUCCCAUUGAGUGACCUGUUUGCCCGCCCUCUUGCAGGAACUUGGUGAGGUCGGAACCUUUGUGGAGCCGGAACUAAGGUGCGGUAGCCCGCUGGAAGCCGGAAGGCUGUAUAAAUAGAGGAGUACACAGUUUCCUUCUGGCGGUUGCUCGCUGAGGUUCCGGUGAGGCGUUCGGCGUUCGGCGUUCGGCGUGUGAGCUCUGCGGCUUCGUUUCCUGAUAUGCACCGACCGAAUUUUCGACCCCCAACUCCUCCGUACCCCAGCCCGGGGAUAGGAGGUUGGGGUGGCGGAAAUAACUUCCGGGGUGCUCUGGGCGGGGGGCCGCGGCCGCCCUCCCCGCGGGACGGGUACGGGAGUCCGCACCACACUCCGCCCUGCGGGCCCCGGGCUAGGCCGUACGGGAGCAGCCAGUCUCCGCGGCACGGCGGCAACUUCUCGGGGGCCCGCUUCGGGUCUCCGUCCCCGGGCGGCUACCCAGGCUCCUACUCCAGGUCCCCCGCGGGGUCCCAGCAUCAGUUCGGCUACUCCCCAGGGCAGCAGCAGACCUACCCCCAGGGUUCUCCAAGGACAUCUACACCAUUUGGAUCAGGGCGUGGUAGAGAAAAAAGAAUGUCUAAUGAGUUGGAAAGUUAUUUUAAGCCUUCAAUGCUUGAAGACCCUUGGGCUGGCCUAGAACCAGUAUCUGUAGUGGAUAUAAGUCAACAGUACAGCAAUACGCAAACAUUCACAGGCAAAAAAGGAAGAUACUUUUCUUAAUAUUUCUGAAAUUCAACUGGAAGCCUCAUGUGUCAGGAACAUCUUGGACAGAACUUUUACUUGUGUAAAUGAGUUGAACGCAAAGAUGAUGACUUUGAAUAAUGAUUAGCAGACCUUUGGUAUAUCUCCAACUUUAUCAAGUGUUGAUAUUAGAGAAAAUGAUAGGACAAUUUACAGUAUUUAGCUAUCUGGGAGUGUGUAUCAUAGAACACAGUUUUUAUAUUUAACAUUUCCAAUAUAACAGACAUUUGUUUUUUCAAUGUUUUAAAAUAAAACGUUUUUGUCUUCCUAAUUGUGACUUUGUGAAUAUGUAGAAUUGCUAAAACAAUGCUUCAAUAAUCAUUUAGAAUUUGAGGGUAGAUGUUUGGCAAACUAUUUUUUAAUGAAAUGGUAAGUUAUCUUAGACAGUUUUCUGUAUAUUAAUAGAAAAUAGUUCUACAUUCAUUUUUUUGUAUUUUUGUUAAGAUAUUGAAACUUAAAAUCACUGGAAGUUACUUAAUAUGAUUUAUCUUCUUUAACCACAAAAGGCCAGGAUAAACCAUAUAUCAGUUCAGUGUUCUACCGAAAUUUCUCUAUAUUUGGAGCAUUGUAGGCUUACUUUCUCGUGAAGCAAAAGAAGGUGGUAUGUUGAUUUGUCAUUGUGAUAAAAUGCCAAAGGAAAACAAAGGAAUUUUGGUUCAUAGUUUCUAAAGUUCCGGUGGAAGUUCAGCUGGAUCUAUUAGUGGUCUAGAGGUGAGUCAAAAUAUGUCUGUGGAUAUGGCAAAAGCUGUUCACCUUUGGCAACCAAGCUGCAGAAAGACAGGAGGAGGCCAGGGACAAGAGGAGCCUUUCUAGAGCACCUUUUCUACCUCCCAAUAAUAGCAUCAUGUGACCCACUAAGGUAUCAAUCCACUUAGGAAGUAAAUACCCUAACAAUCUAAUCACUUCCCAGUGACCAGACAAGCCUUCAACACAUGACCCAUUUGGGGAGACAUUUAUAUAUCCAUACCACAACAAAUGACUAGUAGUAAUCUCAAAUGACUUCCAUGACAACGACAAUAAAUAUAUUUUUGAUUCCAUCAAUCCCAAAGAAGACAAAUGAUGAAGCCAGUUUACUGUGACUGAGACAGUAAGGCCUAAUUAUCUUGACUCAUGGACACAUUUCUAAGGGUUCUAUGAACUUUAGCUUACUUUGCCUGGCUGGAGUAGAAGGAAAGGGAUGCUGUGUAUAUAUACCUGGAUUAAUAGAGCUAAAACUUGGAGUACUCCUGAGUUAUUUAAAAUCAAGUCUUGAACAGUACAGUCUGUUUAAAAAAAAUUGUCAACAUUCUCCAAAAGAAAAGUGAAAUGGCCAUUCCACCUAGGUAAGCCAUAACUAUUUGUUAUUGAGGUGGGGACCCACUGGAAGGAUUGUAUGCAAAUAAAACCUCCACUGGAGCCAGAGCUUUGAAACUUUUCUACUAGUUAUUAGCUAGCUACCCCAGUUUUAUCAUGUAAAGUGAGGAAAUUCAUAAUACUUGUCUUUAUUUAACCCUAUAUUCUGAGUUUUUAGAAUAGUGCCUAUAAAAUAAUGGGCACCAUGUAAAUGUUAAUACACAAAUUCUGGUUGUAGCUGUUAUAUUGCUGUGCCUAGUCUCAUGUAAAGGGGUUAAUAGAGUGAUGUUAUGUGGCUAUUUGAAAGAAAACGUCCGUACUCAACAUCUUGUUUUUUUUUUUUCAUAUAUUUUAUAUUUGAUACUUACUGAACUUCAUAAAUAAAAAAUAACACUUAAAAACAAUUACUAAACAGUCUCUUAGAAAGUAUGUUAAGCAAAAAUGAAAAAUUAAAGCCAGACACAAAUUUACAUGGUUGUAAUCCCUGCUACUCCAGAAACUGAGCUGACUUGAUUGUAAGUUUGAGCCGGCCUGGGCAAUUUAGCAAGACUGCAAAAAUAAUGAAGUUAGGGAAGGUUUUAUGUGUUGCGUGUGUACCAUGUUUGGAAGACAUUCAAAUACAACCUAGUGUUUCAUUUUUAAAUUCAAUUAACAUCUACUUUCAGGGGUCUAUCUAACCUCUAACUUUUUAAGAAAAAAAACUUUGUCCUCAGUAAAAGUGCAUACACUAUUAGUCAUGUAUUCAGAAUUAGGUUUUUGAUGGAGUUUUGCUUAGUUUUUGCAUUGAGAUAAGCUAUGUAACCCUGGUUUACCUGCAACUCACUAUGUAGAUCAGGCCAGCUGUGAACUCAAAAGAAAUUUGCCUGCCUUGGCUUCCAGAGUGCUGGGAGUAUGCCACCACACCUGUAUAUUUUUGAGAAGGGUUCUUGAACUGAUCUUAAUGGCACACACCUUUGAUACCAACCCUUCAGAUGUCAGGCCAAUUUCUAAAUUUGAGGUCAGCCUGGUCUGCACAGUGAAGUCCAGGACAGCCAGAGCUACAUAGUGAGACCCUUAGAAAAACAAAACAAGAAAGAAAAGCUGAAUAACUUUAGAAAAAUGUAUAGACCUUUACAUCUCAGAAAUGGGUUAUAAACAAGAGUAUAGUCUAUAUUAGCAUUGUCUCUAAAUGAGAUUAUGAAUUCUUUUGAGGUAAUUAAUGUUCCAAGGGAUAGGUAGGCAUGGUAAUUUACGAAAAUCCAACCAAAUUCAAAUCCUUAAUUCUCCAAACUACAGAAUUAAGUGAACUUAAGAUGCCUGUGAUCAAGGGAUCACAGCAAUUUCCUUAUUAAUCUUUAUCACAUUUUACAAAAGAAACAUAGCAAGAUUUGCUUUCCAAAAAUGAACCUAACAAUAUUUCAAGUCCCAUAUACUCUUCCAGAAUAUCUUCCUACUUCCCUAUCAAGAGUGAAUCUUUUUGAAUUCUAUCAAACAUUUCUUACUGUCUUGGUUAAAGGAGUAUGACAAUUUAUUUUUUUUACUAUGAGUAAAAUGUGUUCACUCCAGCUGUUAACAUUUCAUAUGGAAAUGUUCAGAAUUCAGAUGUUUUGCCAAGUAAAGGAGAUGGGAGUGUUGGUUUAAUGACUUUUUUUUUUUCCCCCUUAUUUUAAACACUAGUUUUCAAGUGAAUCACCUGAAGUUAACAGCCAUAGUCACCCUACUGUGCUUUUAUAGAACACAGAAGUUACUCUUCCCGCCCAGGUGCAUUUCUGUUUUCUUAGCCAUCAUUACCCCAUUUGUCUCCUAGAUGUCCUUCCCAGCUGUGAUGACCCUUUUAAAAUUCUACAUCUAAAUGAGAAUACAGUAUUUAUGCUUUCUUUAUUUCACUACUUAAUGCCAUUCAAAAGACUGGGUGUGGUGGUUAAUCCCAGCACCUGGAAAGCAGAGACAGUUGUAUCUCAAAGUUUGAGGCCAGCUUGGCUCUGUCCAAAAAAGUCCAAAAAGUUAUCCAGGCUCACCCAUUUUGCCACAAAUGACAGGAUUUCAUAGGGUUUUGUGACUGAAUAAAUAUCUUGCUAGUAUGUAUAUGUCACAGUUUCUUUAGCCAUUCUUCAUUUGGUAAAGACCUAGACAGACCAGUUUCAUAUUUUUACUAUUCCUAGCAAGUUGCUUUGUGUAUAUGGAUAAAUGGAUCCUAACUUUUAAAAUCAAGGAUACUUAUUUAAUCUGGGAUUCAUACAUGUGCCAUGGUGCAAAUAUAGAGGUUAGAGGACAACUUGGGGGACUUGAUUCUCUCCUAUGUGGGUUCCAACUGGGAUUAUCUGCCUUGAAGGCAGCCUUCUUCACCUGUUCAAGCCACAUUACUGGCCCCAUUGAAUCUGAAGUUUAAUUGUGAAAUCAAAAGACUUAGAAUAGUGAGUUCAACAGAACAUGAACCUAUAAAAGAGAAUAACAGGGAAUAUGAGGGGCUGGAGAGAUGGCUCAGCAGUUAAGAGCACUGACUGCUCUCACAAAUGUGGGCUUCAUUUCCAGCAUGUAUAUAACAACCCACAACCAUCUGUAACUGUAGAAUAGUGGGUUCUCAACCUUCCUAAUGCUGCAACCCUUGAAUACAGUUUCUCAUGUGGUGACUACCCCCCCAACAUAAAAUUAUUUCAUGGCUACUUUAUAACUGUAAGUUUGCUAGUUGUGAAUUGUAAUGUAAAUAUCUGAUAUACAGGAUAUCUGAUAUGUAGCUCCCAUGAAAGGGUCAGUUGAUCCUCCCAAAGUGGUUGCAACCCACAUGUAGAAAACCCACACUGCUUUAGCGGGUCAUACACUCAUGCAGGCAUAUACACAUGAAAUUCAACAAGUCUUAAAAGAAAACCAGAGAUCUUAAGCAUUCUGCCCCAAGUUUUGCUUAUUCGCCCAGCUUCUGAUACCAACAGAUAUGUGCUAUUCUUAAAUAUGGUCAGAGAAGCUUCUUUUUGCAGAGUAGAGGUUAAUGUAGAGAUUCAAUAAGGAACUGUGAGAAUAAGGGACUGUGACUACUUAUCAGUUAUAGAUGGAAUAUGUAUAUUAUCAACCAAGUUCCCAAGACUCGAGAGAACACUGAGGAAAAUGGGGGAGAAAGAAUUUAAAAUCAGAACGGAAGGAGAGUGUGAGAUACUGACCUCUGUACAUGGCAUAGCUGGUGCGUGCAUGAAUUUAUCACAGUGUGGAUACCAAUGUAAGAUCAAGAAUUUAAAGUUCUAGCAUUGGAGCUGGAGAGAAGGCUCACUGGUAGAGCACAAGUUGCUCUUCCACACCAUCACUGGGAUUCUUUUCCCCGCAACUAUGUGGCUUAUAACCAGAUGUUUUUCCAAUCCCAUGGGACCCUAAAUCCUCUGCUGGCCUCCACCAGCACUGCAUGCAAUGUGUGUGUGUGUGUGUGUAUACACACACAUAAUCUCCAUGCACUAAAAUUCCAGCUGGGGGAGAGUGGGGAGGGCUCUGGGUACUUAAAUUUUGCAGAGGGGCUAAUGACAGUUGAUGACUAAUGAAGGAGUAAAAUUAUAGAUAACAAUAAUGGGGGAUACAAAGUACAAAACUUUGAAAAGUCACUUCUUUGAGGGGCAGGAUUUAGAAGGUUCCCCAAAUCUCAGUGGAAGACUUCACCCAAGUAUGCAUAAUUGGACUUAGUGAAUUAAAAGAAAAACAACUUUUAAUAGACUUGAAGAUAAGAGAUGGGUGAAGCUGAUGGAAGCUAGCAGGGGAUGGAUAAAACCAAGAUAUUGUAUACCAUGUAUGAGAUUGUCAAACAACUUUUUCUCUCUUCAGUCUACCUGUUACUGUUUACAAGAAGAAGGAAGAAGAGGAGGAAAGAAAAUUUGGUUGACCUUUGGAUUGGUGUUGACUUUAAAAUAAACACCAAAGCCUGAUUCAUAAAAGAGAAUUGGAAGUUGGACCUCACAGAAAUAUCUGUUCCAUCUGGGUGGUGGUGACACAUGCCUUUAAUCCCAGCACUCACGAGGCAGAAGCAGGCAGAUUUCUAUGAGUUUAAGGCCAACCUGGUCAACAAAGUGAGUUCCAGGAUAGCCAAAGCUAUAUACAGAGAAACCCUGUCUCAAAAAAAAAAAAAAAAAGAACAAAAGGAAAAAAAAUAGUCUGCUCAGUCAAAGAUGCUUAAGAAAAUGAGACAGUUGGAGAUAGUAAUACAUGCCUCUAAAGGCAGAGGCAGGAGGAUGCUCUUUGUGAGUUUGAGGCCAAUCUGCUCUACAUGUCUAGUUUCCAACCAGGGCUACAUAAGCAGUCUGUCUCAAACAGAAUUAGAGGUCAAGCCAUGCAUGGGCUAGGAGAAAACACUUUAAAAACAGUUUACCAUUAUAUACCUGUUAUAAUGUCAAAAAGAAAAUAUUGAUGACAUGCUGGCCAUUGUGUAGUGCCAGCUGAAGCCAGAAGAGAGCAUUGGAUCCCCUGGAAUAAGAGUUGUGGGCCACUAUGUUGAUGCUGUCAGUUGUCCCCUGGAAGAGCGGCUACUGUUCAUAACUGCUAAGCCAUCUCCAGCCACAUCUGCUGUUUUUUGAUGAUAGAAGUUAUAUUCCUAAUAAGCAGUUCAGAAAAAUGGUUCAGCGAGAUGGCUCAGUGGAUGGUCAAAUAAAUGGGAAAUAUAAGAACUGUGAUUGUUUCAAUAGCUGCUAUAACCCCAUUCUAUUUCAGAUUAAAUAAUUCCAAAGAUUUUAUAUGCAUAGUUUUACACUGUAUAAAUUUGUGUACUGUUCAGAAUUCUUCAGGUUGUAACAUUCAGAAAAGUCCAACUUAGUUUUACUUAAAUACCAACUAUCCACUGUAAGUCCAGGUGAUGUUAUCAACUCUGUUUCUCUUGUGGUGGUGGUUGCAUGCUCGCCUGCUUUGAUCUUGUUUUCCAAUAGACUCUUCCCUCCUGAAGACAGUAAGACUGAUAAAACUUCCCUCAGCAACCUAAUGGAAAGGAGAAAUUCAAGUUCCUUAGUUUUGCAUCUUGCUGGCUCUGUGUCAAAUGUGCAUUCUCUAAUCUGUAACUAACAAACUGUGAUAUUGCUCAGUAAGUCAAACCUAGGUUUGACCAGGUUCCUGUAGCCUCCAAAGUAGCAGAAGUGCAGGGGCGCUAUUCUGCACCAC